GCCACUACUCUAGGCCCCGUCUCUUAGCUUAGCUUCCACAGAGAGAACUGUCUUCUCCUGAGUAGAGAAAAAGCAGAACUAGGAACAAAGCACAGCUCUAGGCUGCAGGAAUUCUCUCUCCUUCAUGUAGAUAGGAAUUGGUUCCUCUACGCGUUUUCUCAACUCGACUCAACUCGCUCCAGUCCGAACUCAUGGCAAAUAAUCCUUCCGACGCCCCCGCCGACGACUUCCUCGAGCAAAUCCUUGGGCUCCCAACUUUUGCUUCUGCCGACUCCGGCUUAGCCGGUACGGCUGCUCCGCCCCCGAUGAUGCUGCAGCUCAACUCCGGCGACGGCACCGACCACCUCACUUCUGUUGGCGCUGGCGCCGGUAGUGGUGCCUUUCAUGCACCGGUGUAUCAGCUAGGCCUGAGCUUGGAGCAAGGGAAAGGAGGUUUUUUGAAGCCCGAGGAGCCUUCUGGAAGUGGGAAGCGAUUUCGCGAAGAUAUCGUUGAUAAUAGAGCGAAGAAUGUUUUUCAUGGCCAACCCUUGCCUACUACUAUUCCUGCAGCUCCACAUCCACCAUCAAUGCGUCCAAGAGUCCGAGCUAGAAGAGGACAAGCUACAGAUCCACACAGUAUAGCUGAGCGGUUGCGCAGAGAAAGAAUAGCAGAAAGAAUCAGAGCUUUGCAGGAACUUGUUCCUAGUGUCAAUAAGACAGAUAGAGCUGCCAUGCUAGAUGAAAUUGUGGAUUAUGUCAAGUUCUUGAGGCUUCAAGUUAAGGUUUUGAGCAUGAGUAGAUUGGGCGGAGCUGGUGCAGUGGCACCGCUGGUCACUGACAUUCCAUUAUCAUCAGUUGAGGAAGAAGGAAGUGAAGGUGGAAGAAAUCAACCAGCAUGGGAGAAAUGGUCAAACGAUGGCACAGAAACACAUGUGGCUAAGCUUAUGGAAGAAAAUGUUGGGGCUGCCAUGCAGUUCCUACAAUCAAAGGCUCUUUGCAUCAUGCCCAUAUCUCUGGCAUCAGCGAUAUACCAGUCACAACCACCGGACACCUCCAGUAUAGUGAAGCCAGAAACUAACCCUCCUUCAUAGAACGCAGGCACGGGGGUUCACAAUCCAACGGUCCCAUCCAGGGCUCACCUAAUACUGCUGGGACCCACAGGUUAUUUGUCUGUUCCAAUUCCCCCCAUAAUUUUAGUCAUUGGCUCGCAUCAAGUUGCAAUCAAAGUCAGAUGCCAUAGCACUUUCUUUUUUAGCCUUUCUUUCAGCUUUUGCCAAUAGAGGGUUCGAUGUCAAUGCCCAAGAAAAUAUAAGUGGACCCCACCAUGUCUGAUCAAAUUUCAAUUAAAGGGUAAGAAAUUGUCAAAGUUCAUUAAUAUCGAUUUGCUUUUCUUUUUAGUAUGAAUGCGUGGGGGGUAGUGGAACAUGAUGGAAGCGCUUUUAUAGUGGGGCUUAGUUUUUGUAGUGGGCUGUGGGACCUUAGUAAAAGGUUAGAGUGGUGUGUAACAUAUUUUUAUUAAUUAAUGAUGUAAUUCUAGAGAUUUUUAAAUGCAGAGCUGAAAUGGAUAAUGGCUACUUUAAGAA